AUCUUUCGAAAUGAAGCCUCAAGCCAGAGCUUUAGAUCGCUCCUCCACUCCACCAAAGCAGGACAACUCAAACAUUGAUUCACGUCUCAUUUUCCAACUUGCCAGUAUUUCCCAAACAUAAAGAAGAAUCAGAGUAACCGUGUGUUAAUUUCAACCAUUCAAUGAAAGUUCCGUGAGUAGAAACAUACAUGUGCAAAACGUCGGACAACGAAAGGGCAAAAAAGUUGGAUUAUGCAACACCUAUUAAAGCUGCACGCAAAUACGAAAAGAGUCAGGAUAAGAAACCUCAUUUAACAGGGGACCGGUGUAGUGGUGCUUUACUUCAGUCACCAUCGUCAUCUCACUCCUUUCCUGAUAUAGAUAAUGUCCAACUUACAAUACUAUCUCGUAAUACUAAACAUUUGAAACAGAUUAACAGGACAAAAGCCAGUAAUGCCGUUCCCGAAACAUUGAAAGAAAAUAAUAAAUCCACACAAGUCAUCCGUGCAAAGACCUCGACUAGGGAAUUAUCUCACAUCAGCAUUGCAAAUAAAUGCAUUACUCCUAGGAGUGCUGGGAAUAGGAAAUCAAAGAAAGUCUCUAAUAAUAAUUUGAAAAUCUCGAGGCCAUCCUUCCAGUUCAACGCCCCAUUUAUAAGAGAAUUGGGAGAAUUUAUAAUUACGGAUGAUGAGUUGAAAGUCACAACCCCGUUACAACGUCAGAAAUCUCUUUCUGAAAAGCAUAUUGAAAGGAUAGGUAAACCACUUGAAGUGAUUAGAAAUAAGCGACCUACUCCUCUUAAACGCUGUAUUUUGAAUGAGCGCGCUAUCCGCAAGGCUCAGCGAAGUCGGUCACUUCCAGCCCCUGUAGAAAUUACUUUUGCGACCGCUGAAUCUCCUAGUGUGACGAAAACCACAGAGUUCCGUACUCCUGAUAGCUUUAAUAGUUCACUAAAAGAACCCAAUUCUUCAUCGGAAAUCGAAAACUAUCUUGUGAGUGAGUUGAUUUCACGAUUGGUUGCAUUCCAAGACAGAGCAUAUGUAACUCAUGCUAAUAGCCCCUUUCAUCUCAAACGAACAAAGCGUCUUGUUUGUGGUUUUCAUGAAGUAAUCAAACACUUAAAGUUAAAACACAUGCGAAUCGUCUUCGUGGCUCGCGAUCUUGAAGGCAAUGCUACCAGCUAUUUAUGUCACGAUAAAAUUAUAUGUUUAUGCUGUGUGGUGCAUUGUAUUUUUGGUGCCAACUUAUCCCAUAUAAUUUGUGUAUUAAGUAAAAUAAUGACUUCCGAUCGUAACGGGACAAUAUAUAUACGUAUGUUAGUAGAAAGUGGUCAGUCAGUGCAGAUUCGUAUUCAACACUUGCAGUAAUUAGCCCACAGUGCUUCUCUCUCGAGCAAAAGGUUUUAUCACGAAUUGAAUGAAACCAGCCGGUAUCAUUUAAUAAUGUUAAUGUGUGCUUACUAUCCACCGUGCACAGCUUAUUGAUUAAUAAAUAUUUAUCCACAGGUAACAUUCCGAAGGUAUUUUCAAUAUUUUGACUAAUUCUCCCCAGUAAUUUUAUAUUGGUGAGCUUUUUUGAUCAAAUAAUAUGUUCUUUUAUUAUAACUUUGAGAUUUCAGUUAGAAGUGAUGAAAAGGAAGUCGGAACUGGAACAGCUCUUGGUGCAUUGGAAAAAAUACUUUCCCAGAUUUGGGAACUUGCAAAAGAAUGUGAACCACCAGUACCAAUAAUCAUUACUCAUACAAGGAAGAAAUUAGCACAUUUAUGUCAUAAACCAAGACCUGUAUCUGUCGUAGGAAUUAUAAACGCUGAUGGAGCAUAUGAAGUUGAAAAAAAGCUGUUAGACAUGAAAUCUGGAGUUAAUUUAAGAUGUAUAAGAAGUCUGGAGACUGGUCAAACAAACACAGUGAAUGAGCUCACUGCUGGAAACUCAAAUGCUGCAAUCAUCGAAAAGUUGCGGCGUGCUGUUGAAUCCAUCAAUAUUGAGUAGCUUUUGUUUGAAGUCAGAUGUCCAUACCUCCUAUCACUACGGAUGACUGGUAAAUCCCCUUCUUCCAUAUUGUACAUAGUUUACUUUACUUGUGCAUACUUCAGUUGACUUUGUGUCUUUGAAAUAAAUUGUAAACAAUUCUUCCACGUUGAUUCUUACUAUUGUCUAGUAAUGCACAACUCUAUGGAACUCAAUCACUAAAACAGUUUGUAACCGUAAUUCUGUGCAGCCUGAUAAUCCACAUUCUGAUAGACAGUGAGAUUCAAUUUCCACGAUCCACAAGUUAAAAUUCAAAUGUCUCAUUUAGUGAUGUACGAUACUGUCGUGUCGGAACGACCGAAAUAUAAGCCCCAGUUGAGCACAUAUUGUCAAACUUUAUACCAAUAUACGCAUAAUGAAUGAAACAAGAUUUCACUGAACGUCAAAUGUAUCAGUGAGAUUCUAGACGUUACUUUGCUGUUAUGUGAAAUAUUUAAGUACAUAUACCGUUCCCCUUUAUUUGUUCAUUUUUAAUGUAGAUGGUAGGUGAGAAGCUGGGCAUUAAAUUUAAAAUACGCAAUGCCAAACAUUGCCGAAACAACCUUGAUGAUACACUCAAGCACUGUAUUUUCAUAACGUUAAACGUUGGUGUACUGUAGAUUUUUGGAAGUUUUUGGGAAUGACUGUCAAUUACUUACUUACGCCUGUUACUCUCAAUGAAGCACAGGCCGCCGACCAGCAUUCUCCAACCCACUCUGUCCUGGGCCUUCUUUUCUAGUUCUAUCCAUUUUUUG